UCAACUAAGGUCCCUUACCUCUACAGUUUUAAUGGAUUUUGCCUACUCUAUAUGAGUAAAGGAAUAUUUUUUGAAGCGUCAUUGUUCUUCAAACGUAGUUGUGAAUGUUACUUACGUUUCACGUAUAAAUUUUGAAUAAAGUUGUGCAAUUAUAUAAGAAUGCAAAUAUUUGUUAAGACUCUUACUGGCAAAACCAUUACUCUGGAAGUUGAAUCUUCUGAUUCAAUUGAAAAUGUCAAAGCUAAAAUCCAAGAUAAAGAAGGAAUACCACCAGACCAACAACGAUUGAUAUUUGCUGGUAAACAACUAGAAGACGGCAGAACAUUGUCAGAUUACAAUAUUCAAAAAGAAUCUACAUUACAUUUGGUUCUUCGUCUCAGGGGUGGAAUGCAAAUAUUUGUUAAGACUCUUACUGGCAAAACUAUUACUCUGGAAGUUGAAUCUUCUGAUUCAAUUGAAAAUGUCAAAGCUAAGAUCCAAGAUAAAGAAGGAAUACCACCAGACCAACAACGAUUGAUAUUUGCUGGUAAACAACUAGAAGACGGCAGAACAUUGUCAGAUUACAAUAUUCAAAAAGAAUCUACAUUACAUUUGGUUCUUCGUCUCAGGGGUGGAAUGCAAAUAUUUGUUAAGACUCUUACUGGCAAAACCAUUACUCUGGAAGUUGAAUCUUCUGAUUCAAUUGAAAAUGUCAAAGCUAAGAUCCAAGAUAAAGAAGGAAUACCACCAGACCAACAACGAUUGAUAUUUGCUGGUAAACAACUAGAAGACGGCAGAACAUUGUCAGAUUACAAUAUUCAAAAAGAAUCUACAUUACAUUUGGUUCUUCGUCUCAGGGGUGGAAUGCAAAUAUUUGUUAAGACUCUUACUGGCAAAACCAUUACUCUGGAAGUUGAAUCUUCUGAUUCAAUUGAAAAUGUCAAAGCUAAGAUCCAAGAUAAAGAAGGAAUACCACCAGACCAACAACGAUUGAUAUUUGCUGGUAAACAACUAGAAGACGGCAGAACAUUGUCAGAUUACAAUAUUCAAAAAGAAUCUACAUUACAUUUAGUACUUAGAUUGCGUGGAGGUUAUUAAUGUGUAUUGUAAAACAAUUAGUAUUAUAAUAAUUAUUAUUUUUAUUUGAAGAUAAUACUUUUUUUGUAACAUUUUUUUGUUUUUUUAAAUUAAAUUUUUUAAUGACAAAUUUACGUUUAUUUAUAUACAGUUAAUGAAUAAUAAUCCAAUUAACAAUAAAAGAAUGAAAAUGAAUGUAAUAAAAAUAAAUAAGCAAUACACAAAUUUAAGUCUAUCUA